AUGGCAGGUGAAGACUGGUUCUCUGGAUAUCUUCAACGACACAAGAAUUUAUCCAUAAGAAUUCCACAGGCCACAAGCUUGGCACGAGCAACAAGUUUCAACAAGACAAAUGUUGCUAUGUUUUUCAACCAACUUGCUGAGGUGAUACUUCGGUAUAAAUUUGAUCCAUUCAAUAUCUACAACAUUGAUGAAACUGGCAUAACAACUGUGCAGCGCCCCGAUAGAGUUAUUGCCAGAAAAGGAACAAAGCAAGUGGGAAAAAUGACAAGUGCAGAGAGGGGAACUCUGGUCACAUUGGUAUGCUGUGUAAAUGCCGCUGGAAACAGCAUACCACCGAUUUUUGUUUUUCCCCAGAAUAACUUUAGGCCACAUUUCCUGACCAAUGGACCAUCAGGCAGCGAUGGAGGCGCUAACCCAUCUGGUUGGAUGUGUGAGGAGCAGUUUGUGAAAUUCCUUCAACACUGUGAGGAAUGUGAAAUGUUCAACGCAGUCACCGUACCUUCUCUUGCUGGACAAUCACGAUUCCCACCUUAG